CUUCGAUCACGCCAGUUGGGUACUCCGAAGGUGGAGAGGUGGAGCCCAUUACACGUAAUAUAUAGGGACCGUGCGCGUUGGAGGGUCUGCCAUCUUGUGUCCUGAAUCGGAACCAUAAACGUGUACAUUUACACGUCACGUGUUUUCUUGUGCAUAGUAGGUUCUGCCAUCUUGUAGGCUACAUCGGAACAAUAAACAUCACAUUUACGCCUCGCGCCAAAAAUCUGACGGCUCCAGUGCUGCCUCCUAUAGUUCAUGCACGCUCCCUAUACUCUGGCACAACCACAUUGUCAGUAGAAACAGGCGAAAGAUCAAAUUUUCUAUGGGGGGUCAACCCUUUGCGCCUUUAUUUUUGAUAUUUGCCGCCUUUUUCUACAUACAAAGUGAGUGAUACGUCGAUUGUGCUAUUGGAUACUAGAUGACGUAGAAAUAAAAUAUUGUCUGCUUUGUAAAGUUAAAGAGAAAAAAACGCCUUAAAAAAUUUGACAGCUGUGGUGUGUGAUUUAUUCUCUAAUCUGUGAACGCUACUUGUCAUGACAAUAUUUUGUCGAUGUUUUGGUGAUAAUAAAGCAUUUAUUUCUUAGUUUAAUUGUGAAAUGUAUUUAUUUAAAUUAACUAUUGUUCUCUGAAGGAAACGUAUUGCAAUGGAGCAAUCCGAUAUGGGGUCAGAUCAGUAUUGUUUCGGUUGUUUGUGUGGGAAGGAAGAGAAGUCAUUUUACUGCCUAAAUUUACGAAACUCUAUACUGAAAUCAAUUAUACAGGCAGAAUGUGUGUUCCUCUGCUACCUCUGUAAGCGGGCCUCACAACAAGCAGAGCUGUUCAUACAAAAUGUCCAAAGUAACCAAAUUCUACUAGAAAAUAUACAUAGUGUAGAAGAUUCAACCAUACACUCAGUCCGGACACAAUCCCGAGCACCGCACCAACUAUCUUCAAUGUCGUUAGAUAUAAUAGAGUUAGGAACAACUAUGUCAACUGAAGAAGAGUCCUAUUUCGUCUAUGAUCAUCGGGGACCUAAAGUUAAGCAGGAGAUGAAGAAGGAAGGAGCAGCAUUUGAUGAUUAUGAUGAUGAUAAUACUGAUUUCCAGGAGUCGUUUGUAAAAGAAGAGGAUUUUCCUUUAAAGGAAUUAUUGAAAGAAGAGGUAAUGAUGAUGGAAGUGGAUCUGAAGAGCCUUAAGAAAAGCCUCAGAAAGGACAAGUACAAGAAAAGAAAGGUUAAGAAGGACAUAGAAAUUAAAAAAGAAGUUGAAGAAAUUACAGAAUGCGAGAUAGAAACAGUGUACAUAACUCGGGAGCAAUGCGUCGAGGAACGCACUCAAAUGGCGCGCGACCAGCGCUACCUGGCCUCUACGUACAAAUGCACGGACUGUAUUAAAGGGUUCAACUAUAAAGAAAGCUUUCACAAACAUUUAGAGAAACAUAGCGAGAAUGGCGAUUACGAAUGCGACGUGUGCAAACAGCGAAUGAGUACAGAAGAGAAGCUACUCUGUCACAAGAAAUACCACGAAAGGCGGUACCGCUGCCCUGUAUGCGGCCUGACGCGGGUCAGCCGACUGACGGUCAAGGACCAUUACUCCGCCUUCCACUCGGCCGCCCACCACCGCCACUGUCCGCAUUGUGGUAAAACUUUCAAACGUCAGGUGUCAUGGCGGAAGCACAUCGCGAACGUGCACGGCCGCGCGCGCGUCACGUGCGCGUACUGCGACAAGAGUUACGCCAACAGAGACGUGCUCAAAGCGCAUAUGAUCGUCCGGCACCCGACAGAAGUGUCGGCGGGCGCGGUGACCAAGUCCCACGUGUGCCCGGAGUGCGGGAUGGCCUUCAAGGCUCCUUCCCAGCUCAAAAUACAUAGCGUCAAGCACUCGCUCUCCAGGGAUUACUACUGCGUCGAGUGCGACAAGAGCUUUAAGUCGGCAUCAAUACUGAAACAUCACCUGAAAACGGCGUCAACUCACGUCAGCUACACUGAAUUACCUUUGGCCUGCGAACAUUGCGACAAACGUUUUGCGAUCCGACGCGACCUGGAGCGACACACGAACCGGGUGCAUCUCAACAUAAAACCAUUCCAGUGCGACCGCUGCGAAAAGGCCUACGUGAACGCGUGGUCCCUGAACGAGCACCGCCGCCUCGUGCACGAGGGGUUCAAGCGGCCGCUCAAGUACCCCUGCCCCAUGUGCGAUAAGGUCUUCGACCGUAACCAGAUCCUCAAAGGCCACAUUCGAACCCACACAGGUGAGCGCCCCUUCCAGUGCACGCGCUGCCCCGCGCAGUUCACGCAGGCCAGCAUCCUGGGGACACACGUCAAGCUUAUACAUCUCAAGCUGACUAGAGACGGCAGACCGAAGGCUUUAGCUGGCAAAUAGUCUAGGCUAAGACCAUGGUUCAGUCAGACCGGUAUACUGGAGACCCAUCUCAAGCUGGCAAAUAGUCCAGGCUAAGACUCUAAGACCAUGGUUCAGUCAUACCGGUAUACUGGAGACCCAUCUCAAGCUGACUAGAGACGGGAGACCGGAGGCUUUAGCUGGCAAAUAGUCCAGGCUAAGACUCUAAGACCAUGGUUCAGUCAUACCAGUAUACUGGAGACCCAUCUCAAGCUGACUAGAGACGGGAGACCGGAGGCUUUAGCUGGCAAAUAGUCCAGGCUAAGACUCUAAGACCAUGGUUCAGUCAUACCAGUAUACUGGAGACCCAUCUCAAGCUGACUAGAGACGGGAGACCGGAGGCUUUAGCUGGCAAAUAGUCCAGGCUAAGACUCUAAGACCAUGGUUCAGUCAUACCAGUAUACUGGAGACCCAUCUCAAGCUGACUAGAGACGGGAGACCGGAGGCUUUAGCUGGCAAAUAGUCCACGCUAAGACUCUUAAGACCAUGGUUCAGUCAUACCAGUAUACUGGAGACCCAUCUCAAGCUGACUAGAGACGGGAGACCGGAGGCUUUAGCUGGCAAAUAGUCCAGGCUAAGACUCUAAGACCAUGGUUCAGUCAUACCAGUAUACUGGAGACCCAUCUCAAGCUGACUCGAGACGGGAGACCGGAGGCUUUAGCUGGCAAAUAGUCCAGGCUAAGACUCUAAGACCAUGGUUCAGUCAUACCAGUAUACUGGAGACCCAUCUCAAGCUGACUAGAGACGGGAGACCGGAGGCUUUAGCUGGCAAAUAGUCCACGCUAAGACUCUUAAGACCAUGGUUCAGACAUACCAGUAUACUGGAGACCCAUCUCAAGCUAACUCGAGACGGGAGACCGGAGGCUUUAGCUGGCAAAUAGUCCAGGCUAAGACUCUUAAGACCAUGGUUCAGUCAUACCAGUAUACUGGAGACCCAUCUCAAGCUGACUAGAGACGGGAGACCGGAGGCUUUAGCUGGCAAAUAGUCCACGCUAAGACUCUUAAGACCAUGGUUCAGUCAUACCAGUAUACUGGAGACCCAUCUCAAGCUAACUCGAGACGGGAGACCGGAGGCUUUAGCUGGCAAAUAGUCCAGGCUAAGACUCUUAAGACCAUGGUUCAGUCAUACCAGUAUACUGGAGACCCAUCUCAAGCUGACUAGAGACGGGAGACCGAAGGUUUUAGCUGGCAAAUAGUCUAGGCUAAGAGUUAUUAAAAAAAAAAACCUGAAUGCAGAAUAGGCGCCUGAUCGUUCUACAUCACCGAAACGUGUUAUCUCCGAACGAGUUGUUACAUGGAUUUGAACCGUAUUAAUUUGACGGUAAAAUUGCUUUUUAAACGGACUUGUUCCCGGUCACUUAUGGUGGAGUCAGUUGCAGUAGUAACCGCUACAUAAAAGAGACAAUAUAUGAGUCCAAGUCUAGUCAAAGGUUGUCCCUUCCCAUAAGGACGAGAUUUGCUUGUCUUUAUACGAAUAACCAGUCAAGAGCGUCCUUAUGGCCUAAAGUGGGACUUUUUGCUUGGAAACGACACAUAUAUUGUUUAACAGACUAUAAGUUUCAGCCCAAAAAUUUCAACAAUAAAACUUAAUCACAGUAAUACGUAGUUUUGUCGUUAAAAUACUAAGAAAUAGAUCCGAAGACAAUAGUUUUAUUUAUUCUAAAACAGGUAAUAGACGAACUGAUUAUAAUAAGCUAGAUUUAGUCUAACGCCAUAAUAUUGUUAAAUAAAAUUUCGUUUUAA